GGCCGCGUUCAGUUGUCCGCUGGCUAGAAGGCACCGAGAGAAUAACCCGAUAGCGAACGGCCGAUAUCUCCUCCCACUCGCAGCGGAAGAUCGCGGGAAAUCAGAAAACUCCGAAAAACAUCGGAUAACCGUUUUUAUUUCGUUUCCCCCUUUUUGGUUCGUUCUUAUUAUUUCGUCACUUCUGGUAAUUUCCCGUGUUAACUGUGAGCAAAAGGAAGAAAUAAGCAAGCAGGAAGGCAGACACAAAUGCAGGCGGCAAAAAGAUAGCGCCAAAAAAUACGAAAGCGAAAAUCAUUGUUAUUGCAUGGAAAAUUACUACAGAAAUUUCUUGCAAAGGCAACUGGCAAAAAAGAAGAAAAAAAGCAAAACUCAAUCCGAAAAAUAACACACUAAAAUCAAAACCAAAACUGAAACUGAAAAAAUGAAACAACAACGGGCAAGAGCAUAAAUUAGAUUGGCCUCAUAGACGAAUAACAACGAACUCGAGCCGCGUAAACAAAUUAAACGAUGCUGGCCAUUGUUGUUGCUGCCGCUGCGGUUCAAAUUUAAAUAUAAACUAUUAUUGUUAUCUGUGUUUGCUGUUGUCUAUUUUUCGCGCCAAAUGCAAUCAGUUUUUCUAUUUUUUGGUGCUUCAUUUCAAUGGCGGUUUCGGGAAUUUCGUUCAACUUACAUAAUUAAUGAUCGGGCGAGAGCGUAAAUCAGAAAAUCUGCCAAGAAUUAUUUAUGAAUUCGAGCGAAAACCCAUGUCUCUUCACACCAGCCCAACUAUUUCUUUCGUUCGGUUUUCAUUUCGAAAGCGCUUUUUUGAUCAAAACAAUAUUUCAUCCACAGUUUUUCGUGUUUUAUGUUCGGAUCCCCCUUUGCCGAUUUCCAAAAGAAAAACAGCCUGCAAUUAGCUGCUAUAUGUUACUAUAUGUAUUAUCCGAGAGCAAGAGAGAACCCUUCUUAUCGGUGAUUUUAAAAGACAAACACUUAAACAAAAGUAACGGACUGUCUCUUAACCAAAUUAACCGAAAUUAAAAGAGAUUACUGCUAUCGCUCGCGAGCAAAUGAAGAGAGUUUUAAUCCAGAGAACAAAGGUUAGCCAAAUCGAAAUCAAAACCAAGUGAGACUGUAGCGGGAAAUCUGGGAAAGUGACCAGUGCAAAGUGGAAAGGUAGCCAAGCCCAAAACUGACAAAUGAAAACCAAAAACAAGAUCAACAUCAACAGCACCAACUGCCAAUGCUUUAGUCACUCCAGUCAAGGAGUCACCAUUAUUGAUGAGAAGAACGUGCUGAGGAUAUAUAGCUAUACGUACAAGUGCUUGAACCACAAUCCGCGACCUCGGAUACUUGGCUGAU